AUGGGUCAUCAAUGGGUCAAGAUUGAGAAUAGGACCUCCAUCGAGUAUGUGAACGGGGUAAAGGAAUUUCUAAAUGUUGCGCGACAUACUUUGAAUUCUAAUGGGUUAACUCCAUACCCGUGCAGUAAUUGUCUCAAUUCGAGACUACAAAAUAUAAGUGUCAUUACUUCCCAUUUGAUUAGUGUAGGAAUUGAUGAGUCAUAUACACGGUGGGUGCAUCACGGUGAAGAUGAGGUCGAAGAAGAAGAUGUUCCACAUAAUGAUUUUGUUAAUACUGAAUCUGCAGGCUUAAGAGCAGGAUUAGAGGAUAUAGUUGGUCAUACAUUAUUUGAUAUUGGACCUACCAAUGAUCUAAUUAGUAACCAAAACCUAGGAAAUGCUCGUUAUGAGAAGCUACAUGAAGCUCUAAAUAAACCUUUGUAUGAAGGAUGCAAGAGUUGUACAUUGACGUUUGUUGUGAAGUUGAUGAAUUUGAAAAUGAUGAACAAGUGGAUAGAUAAUUCUUUUGAGAUGAUGCUAAAGUUGCUAUACGAGGAUCUUCCUGAUUGUAAUAAUUGUCCAGAGAGCUAUUACGAUGUUAGAAUGUUGCUUUGUGAAGCCGGUUUAGGUUAUGAGCUUAUUGAUGUUUGUCAAUAUGAUUGUGCUAUUUUCUAUGGGGACAACAAAGAUGCCAUAACAUGUCCUGUUUAUCAAAGCAAUUGUUACGUGCGCAACAAAAUUGCUCAUAAGAAGUUGCGAUACUUUCCAAUAACACCUCGUUUGAAGUGUCUACACGCUUCACGCCACACUGCCAAAGACAUGAGUUGGCAUAAAGAAGUGUGCAAGGAUGAGCAUGGAGUUUUGCGUCAUCCGGCUGAUGGAGAGGCUUGGAAACAUUUUGAUAUAAUGUAUCCUACUUUUGCAGAUGAUCAUAGGAGUGUACGAUUGGGAUUGGCUUCAGAUGGGUUUAACCCUUUUAGCAAUAUGACAACUUCAUAUAGUAUGUGGCCUGUUAUUUUGAUGUCGUAUAACAUGCCACCUUGGUGUACAAUGCAUAAGAGAAGUUACUUUCUAACGUUACUAAUUCCUAGUCCAAAAUCUCUUGGUAAAGACUUUGACAUCUUCUUAACGCCACUUAUGGACGAACUUAAAGUUAUAUGGGGUAAUGGGGUUCAAGCAUAUGAUGAUCAUUCAAAAUCACUUUUCACUCUUCAUGUCGCAGUAAUAUGGACAAUCAGUGACUUCCUUGAUUAUGCUUACUUGUCUGGGUGGAGUACUAUGGGUAAGCUGGCGUGUCCAAUAUGCCUUGAGGAUACCCGUUCUAGAAGGAUUCAUGGGAAAAAUGUCCAUGAUAAUAUAGUUAGGACAUUGUUAAAUGAUCCCGUGAAGUCAAAGGAUACUACAAAUGCACGUUUGGACUUGGUGGAUCUUAAUAUUCGCAAGGAUCAAUGGCUAAGAGAGAGAAAUGGAAAAUUUGAGAAACCUCAUGCUAAUUUCACAUUGACUAAAGAUGAAUGUGUGGAGUUUUACAAAUUUAUCAAGUCUGUUCGCCUACCUGAUGGCUAUGCGUCCAACAUAAGUUGA